AUGAGCAACGCCAUAGAAGACUCCAUAAGAAUUGACAGUUUGCAUGUAGAUAGCAUCACCAAGGAGGUAAACAUGGUUUAUGAAAUAAAGAAUGAUGCCAGUAAUGAUCAAGCUUGUGAGGGAGAAGAAAGUACCACUGGAGCCACAUUGAGCAUGGAUGAUAGGCUCAAACCAUCCAUUGAGGAACUCCCGGUUGUGGAAUUGAAGACAUUACAAGAGCACCUUGAGAUACUUUUCGAUCCCUUCACCCUAGAAGAUCAAGAAAAGACUACAUUCACAUGCCUGUAUGGCACCUUUGCAUACCGCCGAAUACCCUUCAGAUUAUACAACCUACCUGCCACCUUCCAGAGAUGCAUGUUAGCAAAUUUUGAGGAUAUGGUGGAAAAGACAAUGGAGGUGUUCAUGGAUGACUUUUCGGAAUUUGAUGUGGAGAUCAAGGAUAAGCGAGGAGUGGAGAACUUGGUUGCAGAUCAUCUAUUCAGGCUAGAAGGUCCUAAAAAAAUUGUUGGAUGA